AACAGCGAUCAAGAGUAAAAGUGUUUGUUAAUACAUCAAUUUAUAUUUAUUUUUAUUGAGAAUAUGUUUUCCAAACUGAGCACACGCGGAGUUGCCAGCCGCCUUGGUGGCAUCAUCAAGAGAACGCAACACAAAGAGGCCGCUGCCGCCUCCGCCGCCUCCACGGAGAGCAGCCGCUCCGAAGCGGUUUUUGCACGUGAGCAAAAAUACGGCGCACACAACUAUCAUCCGUUGCCGGUGGCGCUUAGCCGGGGUGAAGGUGUUCACGUGUGGGAUGUGGAGGGUAAACGCUACUUCGACUAUCUCAGCGCCUAUUCGGCGGUCAAUCAGGGUCACUGUCAUCCCAAGAUUAUCAAGGCGCUGACGGAACAGUCACAGAAACUGGCGCUGACGUCACGCGCCUUCUACAAUGACGUACUCGGCGAAUACGAGGAAUUUGUUACCAAGUUCUUUGGCUAUGACAAAGUGCUGCCCAUGAACACGGGCGUGGAAGGCGGGGAGACUGCUUGCAAGCUGGCCCGCAAGUGGGGAUACCUUAAGAAGCAGAUACCCAAGGAUCAGGCCAAGAUCAUCUUUGCACGCAACAAUUUCUGGGGUCGCACCCUGUCCGCGGUGUCCGCCUCGAAUGAUCCCAGCAGCUAUGAGGGCUUUGGACCAUUUAUGCCUGGCUUUGAGCUGAUUGAUUAUAAUAAUGUGGCUGCACUGGCGCAGGCUCUGCAGGAUCCCACAGUGUGUGCCUUCAUGGUGGAGCCCAUCCAAGGCGAGGCAGGUGUUGUGGUGCCCGAUGAAGGUUACCUGCGCAAGGUGCGCGAAUUGUGCACAAAGAACAAUGUGCUCUGGAUUGCGGAUGAGGUGCAGACGGGUCUGGCACGCACUGGACGCAUGCUGGCCGUGGACUACGAGGAAGUGCAGCCCGAUAUACUCAUUCUGGGCAAGGCACUCUCCGGCGGUGUUUAUCCCGUCUCAGCUGUGCUCUGCAAUGACGACGUGAUGCUGUGCAUCAAGCCCGGAGAGCACGGUUCCACCUACGGUGGAAACCCACUGGGCUGCCGUGUGGCUAUUGCUGCUCUGGAGGUACUUCAGGAGGAAAGGUUGGCGGAGAAUGCUUUUAAAAUGGGUCAACUGCUGCGCAGUGAGCUGUCCAAACUGCCCAAGGACAUUGUGUCCGUGGUCAGGGGUAAAGGACUUCUCAAUGCCAUUGUAAUCAAUUCCAAAUAUGAUGCUUGGGAUGUUUGCAUGAAGCUCAAGGAUAACGGAUUGCUGGCCAAGCCCACACAUGGUGACAUCAUUCGCUUUGCCCCACCCCUGGUCAUCAAUGAGGCGCAAAUGAUGGAGAGCAUUGACAUCAUUAAGAAGACAAUUUUGUCUAUGUAAAAUGUAUAUUACAAAUGUUUCCAAUCGAAUAGCAUUUAAUUAGUCUGUUAACAUUUCGCAAAAGUCUGAAAAUAAAAUAACUUUAAUACAACUAAAA